UAAGAGAAAUUUUGUUUUACAAUAAAAGAAUUACAGUCCACCUGCGAUUGGUUCAAGGUCCCGUACAAACUACAUUUUGUCUUAUGAGCACUAUAGUUACACACAGUACGAUACUACAGUCGAACUAAGCAGUACAUUAUAACGGUUGAAUAUUCUACCUGUACGAUACGAAAAAAUGAUGAAUAUCAAGACCAUUCUUUUACUUAGUCUAGCGGCGUAUGCUUUGUGUGGCGAUAAUAAAUUACCGGAAAAUGAACUAGACUUAAAAAACCAAAAAAUUGACUCUGAAGUUUCAAUUUCAGCGCCACCGAAAAGUGAAUUUGAUGAUGCUAAAGCUAAGGCUAUGGAAUAUUUGUUCAAAGAAGCUUUAUCAUGUACCAUAGAUAACAACACUAGAAAAAAACCUAGUAAUAUUCGGUGGACUGAUUUUGCAACAUUCGCAAUUAUUGUCGAUAAGAAUGUUUUAAAUACAGUGAAUGGUUUAUGUAAAGAAAACCACAAACAAAUGCAAUAUUAUUAUAGUUUAGAUUUUGCAAAAUUUAAGGAACUUGUUGGACACAUUUGCAAAGAAAAAAGUAUAACCGUACAAGAAUUUGCUGAAGCUAUAAAAAAGGAACGGGAUGAAAGGAAAUAAAUUUCAUCUAUACGUAACGCAAAAUAUGAAUCCGAUGAUGACUCUUGAUGACUUCUUAUCUUACUAGUAUAAUAAUAAUAAGUUUAAAUUUUGUUUAAGCAUAUCAACGUUAAUACGCCUUAUACGGAGCCAGUUAUGGCAUAGAAGACUUUUUAUCUGAUUUGUAUAAUGUUUGAUUAUUAUACAUAUUAUGUUUAAAUUUGCUUAAAUUUUUCUAAAAAUGUUUCAAAA